CAUUUUCGUUUGACUUGGGAUCACUAACAAAGGUUCUUCAAACCAAACAACAGCUAAGCUUCCGUGUCCGUUUCGAAAUCGAACACCACGCAGUACACACGUGGCAGCCUCUAACUAGUUUUGCGAUCCUAAUCGUGGCUCGACCAAAUCCAACAAACAUGGAAAGGAAGUAUUCAACAUUGGAAAAUCCCAGAGCAAGAAAGUCCCAGAGUAUGGAUGCUUGUGCUCCCUUGCCGGUCCCACAAUACGACGUUUCUGGAGCAUCUGGAGGGCCUCCAAAAGCUGGUCAUGAUCCACGAAUGGACCUAGAGUCAUUCGAACCUAGGGAUUUCCAGAAUUCGGCUCAGAAUAAUCAAAGAUCCUCUGGAAAGAACAAGAAAAGUGAGCAAGAUCCAACUGCGAUCCUUCUGAAAUCGACACACGAUGGAGACGACGACUGUAUGCCACAAGAAGAGGUCGAGGAUUAUCUCCUACCGUACUUAACUGGAGAAAAGGAGAUCGCCUACACAAUGUCAGUCAAAUUAAGGGAGCCCAAUGUACCGGAAUCAGACAUUCGAUUGGCAAUCCUUACACAAUUCGCCGCCCCCCCUCCACUCAUGUUCACCCAAGGCAAAUCAAUCUCAAGGACUACAGGGCCUUUUUGGGACAAACCGAUUGUGGCAACAACAACUGAAUUUGACUCAAGGGAAAUGCAUGCACAAUUGGAAGCUACUAUCCGAUCCGAAUUCAUCCGGGAUGUGCCCUUGCCCAGAGAAUAUUGGAAAAGAGAUAACUAAAAACAGCAAGUUAGAUCGCAUUGCUGUUUCCCGGGAUUUAUAUCAUUUGUUUUGGAUGAUGUUAUCAAGAAUAAAAUGGUAACCUUU